CCUGGGGUGGGGGAGGGCUGAGCAGGUAGAGGGAACCUCAAGCCACUCAGCCACUUGGCCUCUUCCACCUGCCGGGCAAGAACCAUGUGGAGGCUCAUAUCCUGGUGACUAUGCAAAGGCUGAAACAGCCUACAUACCUGUGCAUAUGUGGAGACAGUCAAGGUGGCAGGUGAAGGUGGCCUGACGUGGCAAUUGUCCAGUGGGGCCACAAAGACUAUCAAGAAAAUGGGGAGGGGAAGUUCUGGGAUACCUGGUCCCAUGCUCUUCCUGCUUCUGCUACUGCUGCUGUUACUGCUUCCAUGGCUGAGUGUGGGGAGCUUCCAGUAUAGGCUUCCAGGCUGGGUAGACUUUCACCACCUUAGUGAGCGCUGGAGAAACCUACACCGCCACUUCACCCCAAACAAGGGAAAGCUUCAACAGGCAGCCCGCAGCCAGGGAGACUGGCCCCAGCAGAGCCGGGCAGCUAAUAAGAAUUCCUGCCAGAGUGAAUAUGAUAUCUACUUCGUCUUGGACAUGUCUGGCAGUGUGGACGGCAACUGGAUGGAUAUUUACAACCUUGUAGAUGGUUUGGUCAAGAGAUUCCAAAACCCCAAAGUUCGAGUAUCAUUCAUCCUUUUCUCCACAACUGGUAAAACAAUUAUGAAGCUCACCUCAGACAAAAAAUUAAUAAGAGAAGGUCUACAAAAACUUCAGAAUGUUGUACCUGAAGGAGCUACACACAUGCAAGCAGGAUUAAGAAUGGCUUAUUAUCAGAUAUUGGAAGCAACCAAUGCAGGAAAGAAGCCAGUUCAGUCCUUGAUCCUGACUCUAACAGAUGGAACACUUGAUGAUAUUCCAUUUGAAGAGGCAAAGGAAGAAGCUGAAAAGUGUCGGAAAUUGGGGGCAACUGUUUACGGUUUGGGUAUAAAAGACUACCGGAGAGAGCAGCUAGAUGAAAUUGCAAACAGCAAGAAUCAUGUAUUUGCAGUGGAAAGAUUCGAAGAUCUGAAAAAAAUCAUUGAUCCCCUUACAAAAAAGUCCUGUGUUGAGAUUACACGUCUUGAAGCUUCCAGUUACUGUGCAGGAGAAAACUAUAUGUUACUGGUUAUUGGAAGAGGCUUUACUAAUGCAAAGAAAAAGGAAGAUGUUAUUUGUAGAUACAAUUUCAAUGCCACUGAAUUCUUUGAUAGAGGAGCAACCUCUGUAACCGGUGGCACCAUAAAGUGUCCAGGAGUAAAGAUCAAGAAACCAGGCCAGCAAGUCUUGGUGCAAAUAAGCCUGGACAAUGGUGCCAGCUUCGUUGACAAGACGGCUAAAAUCACUAGCAAACAAUGUCAUCGUUCACCAAUUAUUGUCCCAAAAAUUCUCCCAGUCAUCCCUUUAUAUGUGGCUGGAGCUGGAGCAGGCCUCUUAGUCCUAUUACUUCCCUUUUGCUGCUGCCAACGAUGUCGCACAAGGACUAUCAAGAAGAAAGAGCCAAAACAGGUGCCAUGUGUACAGAGACCCAUAGUGGUUUUCCCUUAUUGCAAGUGCCGAAACAAGAGGAUAAAGCAGAUGGAGGAAAGGUGCUGCCUCGACCCAUUCAAGUCAGAGUGUGCACAGCUGCCCUGCUGCCAGAAUCUCUACCUUCAAUCCAGCCAAGAGAGCCCACCCCUCUCAGGCUACUGUUUGCCCUGCCAAAACCUCCCACCCAUGUGCUCUGAAAGCCCUGAAAUGCUACCCUACAUCAGUUCCCCUCCUCAAGUACAUUGCAAAUCUCCUUUGCCACUUCCAUCCCCAGAUUCUGACCACUAAGACACCAAACCCAAGAUGGCUAAGAGCCCUUUAUGUGCUGGACUGAACACAUGUGCUGAGUAUCUUCUGACUACAAGUCAGAAGACUUGGGCUUUGUUUAUAAGCAGAAGAGUUUGUUACGUGGCUGCCUUCCCUCCAUAAAUGGCACCACCAUUCACUCAGGCUCUUGUCAAUCAACCAAGUUGUCAAUCAAGCUGUCCUGGAUUCCUCUUUAUUUUCAUCCUCACAUCCAGCUCACAGAUAAGAAGCUCUUGUCAACAAAGAAAGAUGAAACAUUUUUCCCAGCACAUGUAUUCUACAAAUCUAGACUGGGAAUUGCAUCAACUUCAACCUAUUAAAGCCCUGCUGUACACAGA